UCUGGAGCAGCGUUUAAAGGAACUUCAUCUGGUUAGCGCGCCCCUCCGUUUCCACAACGCCGUACAAUGGAUCCCAAAUGCCCAGCGCUCUGCCCGACCUGUGCAGACACAGCCUGCAGCGACAACUCCGUGAAGGGUAGAAAGAUGUCCCCAACCAAGCACCUACUGUUCAUUUCCAUUGCGUUCAUAAUGUACAUCAUAGAAGGAGUGUCUGCAGCGGAAACACUAUGUGGUGGUGAACUGGUGGACACACUACAGUUUGUCUGCGGUGACAGAGGAUUUUAUUUCAGCAGACCGACUGGGCGCUCCAACAGCCGCAGACAGAACCGAGGAAUAGUAGAAGAAUGUUGCUUCCGUAGCUGUGACCUGGGCCUCCUAGAACUCUACUGUGCAAAGCCGGUCAAGAAAGAGCGCGAUCUCUCUGGGACGCCUUUCAACCUUUUACCACCAGCAAACAAGGAAAACUUUAGGAAGCCUUUGGUUGCCAAGUAUUCAAAAUAUGACUUCUGGCAGAAAAGAUCUGCCCAGCGUCUUCGAAGAGGCAUUCCUCCAAGUUUCAGGGCCCUGAGGCUCAGGAGGCAGGUUGACGAAGUCCAGAGCUUACAGUAUGUCAAAAUGCUCAAGCCACUUCUGACUCUCCCUGUCAGACAACCUCUUGAAGUCCGAGCAUCAUCAAAGAAAUACUUCAGUCAGGAAUGAUGAAGAAAUAUUUUGCACAUUUCUUGUGGUAAAAGACAGGGAUUAUAGCUUUGUACAUGACGUCAUUUCUGUGGCAUUCCAACUGGGUUAUUGUUCCCCUUCACCACCCUCUUUCGUUCCCCCACUCGACCUUCCCUCCAGGCCGUUACAUACACUUCCCAUUCACCCCUUUCCCACAGCCAACAAAGAAGCGCAAGGAUACCAUUGCAGCCCAGUAGAAGUGAUACCUGGCUGGCAAAAGAGGUUGCAGCGUCAGUUGUUUGGGCCAAGGGGGUCACACCGCAGAGUACAGUUUGUUUUCCAUUCAAAUGUCAUGCAAUGCAGUCUAGAUAAUGUAGCCUCGAUUGUUCUGCACCUAUACAAGAAGGGACAUCAACACUUUGUGGAAUACUUAGUGUCAUCCAGAUCGUGCACCUUUUUUAACUAAAAUGAGAUUAGGAGGUCCUGUAAGGGACAAGACAGUGGUGUGUUUGUGUGUGUGUGUGCAGUCUCACAUUGCCGCAGAUUGCGUCUCUUUUUUAAAAUUGUGUUUCUUUGGCACUAUUUCUUUGAAUGAUAAGUGUGGUCAUACACACUUGUGUUACGGUGCUAACUUUCUUUAAAAGAAGCAAAAGAGCUGACUCGAAGAACUGAGAUUUGAUAAAUGCACGAACAUCAAAUAGAACUUGAAAUGAACUUUCCGUUUUAGGAAAUGUGUUAUUUUUAAAUAAAAAUAUUUAGCUUGGUUUUGGCGGUGCAAGAUAAGCAAGGAGAAGACAAAAGACAUUUUAAAUAAGACGAAAUCAAAGGGAAACAGCAGUGUUGUAAUUAUUUUUUUCUAUAUUUUGCAACUUUAUUUCUUAUUCUUAGUUACUUGCUUUGCUUUGAAAACCUAUGUGAACUCAACGUUAGUGACCAGAAGCAGUCUCUUUUUGGAAUUAGUCUGAGCUAUAUCUUGCAGUGUUGAGCCGCCAAGCUAUCAAAUAAAAAGGCACUGCGUAAAGGCAUUAUUUAUUUUAUGUAAAAUGUAUAUAAAAAAUUGGUCCAAAUAAUGUACUUAGCACUGAUGAGCAACUGCAAAGACAUAAACUAUUUUGUCUAAUUUUGUACUAGUAAAGCUUUCGUAGAUGCUUUGUACCAAAAAAAUGUAAAGAAAGUCUCCUCUCACCCUUUCUCUCACCCACGCACACUCUUGGGAGUUAUUUGGUAUUGGAAGCCUCUGUGAGGUGCCUUGAUUCAGCCAAAUGACCUCAGGUCCUUUGUUCUUUGUGAAAGCUACGUAUAUCCAUGCUCACUGUUGUCGGCCAUGGUCUGAUCAAGUGCAAUUACCUGGUUACAGCUCAGUCUUGUUCUUCAUCCUGCAUUGUGUUAUCAGCUUUUGUUUCUUAUCAGUUUUGUCAAUCACUUCUGGUUUAAGUUACUCCUAGCUCUGUUCACCAUGGCUUUGUCAAAAAAUGGAAAGCUUCAGUUUUUUUAAAGAGCUCAAAAUGUUUCAUCAUUUACAUAGUAAUCAAAAAAAAACCUAGUUCUUUUGUCAAAUGUUUGCAUCAGCCAGUAUGAAGGGAAACAUCUGCAGUCGCAUUAGUUAAAGCUUUUUACUUUUUUAAAUGUUUUAGUAAAUACAGUUAAGGUGUACUCUUGUUAACUAAUAUAAUGUCUUGUAUUUAACAUGUGCACUCAACCAACACUAGACACUAGAGAAAGAUGAGAUUCACUAUCAUUGUACUUUUCUUGUUAAUAUCAAUAAAAACAAUUUAUUACAAUACA